AUGUCGCAGCGCCAUGCUCUCUCAGACGACCAGGUCGCGGGUGAGCUCCGCAAGAUGACCGCGUUCAUCAAGCAGGAAGCUCUUGAGAAGUCAAAGGAGAUCCACAUCAAGGCCGACGAGGAGUUCGCGAUCGAGAAAUCGAAGCUCGUUCGCCAGGAGACGGCUGCCAUUGACGCUCUCUACGAGAAGAAGUUCAAGCAAGCUGCCAUGUCCCAGCAGAUCACCCGAUCCACACUCUCGAACCGCACCCGGCUUCGUGUUCUGUCCUCCCGCCAGGAGCUUCUGGACGAGCUCUUUCAGCGUGCCCGUGAGCAGGUCGGCACAACUUCAAAGGAUGGGAAGAAGUACCAAGGUGUUCUAGCUGGACUAGUCUUGGAGGGUCUCUACUAUCUGAAUGAAGAUAAGGUCCUGGUUCGGGGUCGUAAGAAGGACUCCGAUGUGAUCAAGAAAGCUAUCGAGGAUGCGAAGAAGGAAUUCAAAUCAAAGGUCGGCCGAGAUGUGACAAUAGAUAUUGACGAAAAGGACCCGUUGCCAGAGGGAUCAGCGGGUGGUGUGGUUAUUAUCGGAGGCGGUGGUAAGAUUGACAUCAACAAUACCUUCGAGGACCGGCUGCGACUUUUGGAGAUCGAGGCACUCCCGGCUGUUCGCGAGACCCUUUUCGGCAAGAAUGUCAACCGCAAGUUCUAUGAUUAA